AUGCCGCACAUAUGCACACCCACAAGACCCUUGACCCUCGAUACCCAUUCAAAGUGUCCCAACGGCAACCCCCUAAUACCCCACCAAGCAAUGCCCGAUGACCAUGAGCAGGCCGCCGACGACGACAGCGAGGACUCGCUCAUCACGCAAUUCGAAACCACGCUCAACAUCCGUCCCUCCACCACAUACAACGAGGACCACGAUAUCUCUAUAGACCACACCACCAUUAUUCAUGACAACUUGGCCAGCGAGCCGUCCAUGGUCGGCGUGGACGAGUUGGAGGAGCAGGAGGAGCUCAUGGAGCAGAUCCUCAACUUCCGCACGAUCCGCCAGCGGCGGUUGCUUCCCGAUCGGUCGCUCAAGGUGAAGAAGGAAUCGGACCUGGAGGGCUACCGGUCCAUGUCGCCGAUGCCGGCGCCGACGAAGGAGCACGAGUUCAGUGCGGAUCUCCAGCGGGUGUUGCAGCCGUCCGUGAAUCUUGAUCUCGAGCUCGAUCGCUUCCACAAGGCGUACUCGGAGUUUCUUGCGGCCAACCCGCACAUUCUGAAGGAGGGCGCGCGGUUCGAGGCCGCCUCCGACAAGACGUUGGUGCUUCUAUCUCCGUAUUCGCCAGAGCACGCCUUUGGCAGAAGCUGGGUCACGAAGCUGUACUUGCAGACCAUCUUCGAGCGUCCGCAGCGGCUCCUAGCCGCAUGCCUUGGUGUGUCGGCAGCGCUCACCAUGUUUCCGUUCUACUACGAUGUACGGAAUUCCACGAAAAAGGGCCUGAUCUUCUCUGACCACGUGAGACGGGUGCAUGGUAAGACAUGGCCCAAAAAGCUCUUUGAAUUGUGUGUAGACUCCCAUACCAAGCUUCUGAAAAACGAAAUAGAAGUCCCGGAAGACUGGAACACAGGCGAUAUCUAUCUCACGCCGAAAACCAUCACCGCCUUAGAAGGUGUCAUUGGCACCAUCGAGACUGCGGUGGACACUGUCUUCAGUGAGGGUGAAGAUGCUAGGAACCUCGCGUUUGUAGUCCUCCGACCACCUGGCCAUCACUCGCACGCAUGCUUGCCAAGCGGCUUCUGUCUUCUCAAUAACGCUCAUAUCGGUAUCGAGUAUGCCGCUAUGGCUCACGACGUUACUCAUUGUGCUAUCCUUGACAUCGAUCUUCACCACGGUGACGGCUCCCAAGACCUUUGCUGGGAACGAGCUGGUUUUGCUGGUGACCAUGGAAAGGCCGAUAAUGAGUAUCACGAUCAUCGAGAAAACCCCAGAAAUGACUAUGGUAAAAAGUUUGCAACGUAUCCGAAAGUCGGGUAUUUCUCCUUGCAUGACAUUAAAUCAUAUCCAACCGAAUUGGGUUACGCCACUAAAGACAAUAUUAGAAACGCAUCGUUGUGUAUCAUGGAUCAUGACUUGAACCUCUGGAAUGUGCAUUUGCAAGAGUGGAGCAAUGAGGAAGAGUUCUACAAACACUAUCAAACGAAGUACGUGGCAAUUUUGAACCGCGCAAAUCAAUUCUUUAUCCAAGCAAAGAAACAGCAUGAGCAGUUGAUGUCUGACUACCAUGCAGAUUUGACUAAAUACAAUCGUUACCUUCUCAAACCAAACUCGUUCAAGCAGCCAGUGAAGAAGCCUAUACCUCCGCCGAAGUUUAAGCCGCUCAUUAUAAUCUCGGCGGGAUUCGAUGCUUCUGAGUAUGAGAACCCCCAGAUGCAGAGACAUGGGAUCUGCGUUCCCACCUCUUUCUAUGCAACUUUUACCAAAGAUGUUGUCAAACUCGCUCGCAUUCACACCGAAGGCAAAGUGAUAUCGUUUUUGGAAGGCGGCUACUCUGAUGGGGCGUUGAUUUCUGGAGUAUUCUCGCACUUGAUCGGCCUCACCAAUACUGUAGAGCCUGAGGACGGCACACAAACACUAUGGAACAAGACAUGGGGCACAGACCCAGUUAUAAAAGAGAUUUGCAAAGGGUGCAAGCGUAGUUGGACCCCUUACAAGAACCCGCGAUCGGAGAUCACUGUAUGGGCAAACGAAGUGAUUAAAAUGGGGCGUUCAAUGAUGCCCAAUGCAAUCUUACCAUCGAACAUGGUAUACUACGAUAACAAGACCCAUACUACCGAAAUUCCAGAUGCCCUUGCCAAUAAUAAGAUGCUCAAAGGUAUCAUGGACCCUGACCUGCUGAUGAGAGUAGCACAGACGCCCUCGAAAGAUCCCGAGGACGAGCGCAGAGUAAUGAGACACACUCGAUCCUACUUCAAGCGGGGCGGUAAUUGA